AUGGGAUUGUUCAAGAAUGACAAGCCGUACACGGCUGUUUCUUCCAAGAUCGACCAUAUGACCACGAAUCCGGGUGAGGCUACCGAUCCGGCCGCCCUGCUUGAGCUGAUUGAGCUGAUUCAGAUCAACACCAGUUCCGGAACGGCCGAGGCCGGGCGCUCACUGCGAAAGCAUAUAAAGCACGGCGAUUCGACAGAACAGAUGCGUGCGAUUGUUAUAGCAGAGGCCAUUGUCGACAACGGCGGGCGCAAAAUGGUCCCAAUGGUGCGCGAUACGGGGUUGGGUGAACAGAUGCUUAUGACCGCCCGUAGCGGAGGCUCAAAACCGCGCAAGUACGCUACCCGUGUGGUCAAUUCGUGGGCAGCCAACUUUCCAGAGUUCUCGCACUACGGUGUGAAGGGCGAGCGCAGCUCCAGGCACGCGGGAGACUCCUCGAAGGGCAGAAGCCGCAGCCAGGACCCAGGCUAUGAGGGCCGCAGGUACAGAGAACAUGACGACCGUGACCAUACUCGUGGCCGUUCAGUUCCCCGUACUCGCAGAGAACCAUCUAGGUCGCCUAGUCGCUCUCCAAGCCCGCUCAACUUGAGGGGCCAGAGCCUCGAGUCGACAAUUGCUCUUGGUCACUCUACCGCCACCCAUUUAGUGAAUUCGAUGAUCACUCACGACGACCAGCCUACUUUGUCUCGCGAAACGACAGGCUACUAUGAGCAGGCCAAACAGAUUCGCAGGCGGGUGCUAAGAAUGAUUACGGACGACACCCCAGAAGUCCACCGGUACCUCGAACAACUACUUCAAGUUAACGAAGACCUUCUAGAGGCAAUCGUGGGGUACGAAGAGGAGGAAAAAACCCAGGUGCGGCCUGUUAGACGGGCGCCUGUUCCCUCUCUGCCUCGUCGCUCCGUCUCGCCUCCGUCUAAAGCUUAUUCUCCGCCGCGGGCCCGGGCCGCAUCCCCUAGCGGCAGCGAUGGACCAUUCAAUGGCGAAGAGGAAGGGGACGAUGAGGAUCCUUUUGCUGAUUCUCAUGAAGCUACCGGCUCGUUGAAACACACGCCAGUUUGGUGA